UGAAAAAUUACUUUUUGAAUUAUAAAAGUAAUAAACAUAACAAUUGUCUAAUGAAUAUUAUCCACUAAAUAAUUUACAGUAAAAAGAAGGUUGUCCUCAUUUUAAGAACAGCUGAAGUUUGAAUCGCCACAGAACGCUCCUUAUUAUUAAGUAGUACAAAAAUAUAUCGUUGAAAAUAUUAUGGCCUUUAAGUCAAAUAUUUAAAUAUUCGAAAAAUCAGAAUUCGAACAAAUUCAUUAAUAAAUUAACGGCGGAGGAGGGAUGAACAGUUAUUAUUGUUGUUAUUGUACCUAUAUAAUAAUAUAGCAAUAUAAUCAUAGUAGCCGUGCGAUCCGGUUGCUCCUAUCGGGGAGUCACGGGAUCCGCCCCCCGCGCGGCAGGGCGGUCGAUUACCGCGCGGUUACCUGCAGUAUAUAACUGAGACCGUGCACCGGUUUUUGGGUAUACGGUUCGAGUAGGUCGCAGUGUGCGCAUCACGAUAUCUUCGUCGUCAUUAUCGUUGUUGUUGUUGUUGUUGUUAACGGUGCGUAUAAAAACGGUGCGAUUCGAACUGACGUCAUGUUGAGGACAACCCCGGACGUGGUGUAUCAGUCACAACAUUAUUGCGACGCGUUCGACGACCCUUUCGCGAGUUUUCAGUGGUACGACGACAGUGGUUACGGUUACGUCGCCACUGCGGAUGAAAAGUCGACGACUGACCGUCGGUUGACGGCGGUUUCGGCGAGCGGCGGUAGCGAUAACAGUUUCGGCGGUGGCAGUAGCGAUAAGAGUUUCGGCGGCGGCAGCGGUUCAAAGGUCGACUCGGCGGGCAGCAGGAAGCGCCGGCGGUUGGCGGCGAACGCGCGCGAGAGGCGCCGCAUGAAUGGCUUGAACGAAGCGUUCGACCGGCUCCGGGGCGUCGUGCCGGCCGCCGACGACGAGCGCAAGCUGUCCAAAUACGAAACGCUCCAGAUGGCCCAGACAUACAUCGUGGCCCUGCACGAACAGCUCGGCAUGACGCCCUCGGUGGCCACGGAGAACCCCUCGUCCACAGCGGCGGCCGCGCGAACGUGUUCCGCCAAUUUCGGCGUCCCGAUGCUGUGGCCGCAGCAACGGCAGUUAUAGUGGACGGCGACGGUACGACGGUGACGGUACGAUGACGGUAUACGACGACGGUACGUUGCGGGUGGUACGAUUUUAAUGAACAGAUCUGGGAGUGCUGAAGCCCCUUAAUUUUUCCGGUUAGUCCAAAAAUGGCAUACACAUUAUGAGGGUACUAUUUUCGAAACUGGGGGUGCUAUAAUCACUCCCAAGCCACCCAAAUUGCACCUAUGCGGGUCACUAUCGUCGGUUUUUCCCAUACUAUUGUACAUAUAUGUAACAUAAUUUAACAGCGACCCACAUAAUAUUAUACUCUGUUUUACUCGUUUUUGAAGGAUUAAAUCGAAUGUUUUCGCACAUACAACACCCCGUAAUAUUUUAUUGUAAAUAUUUUUUUAUUUUUUUGUACAACUCUUUUGAUUUGUUUUAAGACUUUUUCGUGUAACAUUUUAAUAUUGAUGUAUGUGAUAACGUUGUGCAGCUUACCCCACAGGUUAAUACGACGACAUAAUACGGUCUUAGCCGCUGAUUCGUUUCGUAAGACCACUCCACUCGUUCUCGAUAUAUUAUUAACUUUUAUUUAAAAGAAAAAAAAACACAAAAAGUACGCACUUCUUCGAAUCCUUUGCCGACCCGUCUGAAGAAUGUCACUCGGAUUCAAUAAAAUACUUUUUAUACGCGUGGGCGUAAUCGAACACCUGUUGUGCAGUUUCCGGUAGAAUUUUGAGUUUUUCACGACAUUAUUUCACGUAUUUUUGCGAACAAAAUAUCACACUGAUUUUAUAUUUCAUAUCGACUAUGUGUGCAAAGCGGGAGUGUGUGUUUUUGUCGACAUCAGCUGAUAUCGAUGUGAAAAUAUAAUAUUAUAAUAGUUUAUGAGCGUUAACAUAGUUCGGACAACAAAACUUGCCGGGUAUUUUAUACCUACUUCAAUAUUAUAUAAUAUUAAAUCCGUGGAUUUUCCUCCAUUCGUUUGGACCAUAAAUUCUUUGAAAACUAAUAUGCUGCGCGUUAUUGAACGAGCUCAAUAAUAAUAAUAAUAAUAAUAAUAUAUUGCGUUUUGCUGUUUUAUCAAUGAUAUCGUUUUCUGAAAAAUAUAAUUUAAACUUUGAAAAUAAGUAAAAACAAAUACUAAGACGUACUAUAUUGUAAUAACUUCAAAUUAUAAUACAACAAUAUUAAUUAAUUUUUUUACGAUAAAAUAAGACUAGGAUGUAAAAAUUAGUAUCGUGGAAAACGAAAUACAUUUUAUUAUUAUACUCAUAUUAUGACGUCGUAGAAGACAAGCGGCGAUUUCUUUUUUUUCGUCGCCGUUUUUGUAUAUUUUAUUUUCCCCAAAAAUAUUAUAAGUUAUUACAUAAAUAAGCGUUAAUUAAUGUAUUUUUUUUUUAUUGCUUAGAAUAAGACGCAUUUUGCGUGAUUUCUUAAUAAUAUGUUGUAAUAAUUGUUUUGUUUUUUUUUUUUUUACAUAAAAUAUUGUCAAUAACUUGUAAAAUAUACAUUUUGAGACUGAGAACUAAAUAAUUUGCAGUUAUU